AUGGCAGAUGCUUGGGACAAGCGUGGCGCUCAACUUUACGAGUCGAGACUCAAGGUGAAAUGGAAUCGAUCGACGCUGUACAACGCCUUGAUCUUGGGCGUAUGCAACUUUUGUGCACCGGGAAUAUGGGGUGCAAUGAACUCGCUUGGCGGUGGAGGCCAGCAAGAUCCAUGGCUUGUGAACGCCGCCAAUGCUCUCACCUUCUGCUGCAUGGUGCUCACUUGUGCUUUCUCCGGAGUCUUCGUGAAAUACCUGGGAAUCAAAUGGACACUCAUCCUCGGAGCUGCGGGAUACUGUCCUUAUGCUGCGGGACUCUAUUGUAACAAUCGAUACGGUAGCUCAUGGUUCGUGCUGCUGGGCGCCACGCUCUGCGGGCUAGGCGCUGGGAUAUUCUGGAUGGCAGAGGCUGCGAUCGCGUUGUCCUACCCCGAACCUUACAACAAAGGCAAACUUCUGGGCAUUUGGCUCUCAUUCCGCAUUGCCGGGCAAGUGCUCGGAGGAGCGAUCAAUCUAGGACUCAACGCAGAGCGCAAUCAUGCGGGAUCGGUGUCAUACUCUGUGUUCCAGGUGUUCAUAGCUCUCCAGGCACUCGCGCCCUUUGCCGGCCUGCUCUUGACCGUGCCGCACAAGGUGCAGCGAACGGAUGGAGUCACUGUGUCUUGCUCCAUCAGCAAGGACGAAAGCAUCCGGAAGGAGCUUUGGGCUACAGCGAAGCUCUUCGCCGGCAGGAACUUUCUCCUGGUCAUCCCGCUCAUCUCUCAGGCGGUCUUUGCAGAAGCCGUCUUCUUCACCUUCCAAGGCUUAUGGUUCACGGUUCGUGCGCGUGCCCUCGGCUCUUUCUUGUCCGGAUUGAUGGCCAUGGCGGCUGGCAACAUUCUCGGCCUCUUCUUGGACAACAAGAAACUCGCUGUCAGGCUUCGCGCACGCGGUUCGUUUGCGCUGAUCAUGACCCUUCAAGGAGCUUGGUGGAUAUGGGGGACUGUCCUCGUCACACAAUACAACAAACGCAGGCCGGUAUAUGACUGGGUCGAUGUAGGCUUCGGAAGAGGCUUCGCGUGGUUCCUAUUCAUGGUCGGCUCCUUCCAGACCAACUACAUGUACUUGUACUUCGUCGUGGGAAGUCUGGCCAAGAAUGAUGCUGAGAUUGUGAGGUAUGCGGGCCUUCUGCGCGGAACCGAGUCGGCGGCACAGGCUGUAUCGUAUGGUCUUGUGAGCGUCAGUACUAUGGGCAGGUUUGGCUGCGUAUAUCUCAACUUCGCAUUGUGGGCGGUUUCCAUUGUUCCCGCUUGGUUCGUGAUCAAGGACAUCGGCAUUCGAAUAGGAAACCUCGAAGCAGCACCGAUAUGGCUACUGAAGUGA